AUGUCGAGGGAAAAUAUACCUUCGGGUAGUAGACAACUACGGCAAUGUACUCUCGAUGACUUCCUGCGUCCAACACAGCACCACAAUAAUAAUGACAAGAAGAAUAAUAUGAACAACAACAACACAACACGUCCUUCUCUUGAUACUGAGGCUGAAAAGAGAAGAAGAAUCAAUGGUGAUGGUGAUGCUAGUAAUAAUAUUAAUAGUAGUAGUAGAGAUAUCCCCAACACAAAUACUAUCAUACUCCCAUGGUCAGAAGAUAAUCGCUUUAUAAAAGAGACAGGAGAUGUUUGUCAAGCGUGGGAUAUCAUCACUAACAUUAUCGCAAAUGAUAACUCAACCAACACAGAAGAUCUUCGACGUUUAUUACAGUCACUUCUCGUACAUAAUUCCAACACCGGGGAUUCGCCAUUACCACAGUUUGACACUAUUUGUUUUGUUCUUGAUCAUAUCAUGCUUCCAUUAGAAUCUGCCGAUUUCUUUAAUGUAACCUUACCGUGGAUGAAGUGUCUUGUUUUGAAUGGUCCACGAGUUAUUCCUCAUAAUCAAUUACCAAUGCUUACUCAACGUGAAACGAGACGUUUGGUAUUUACAUAUGAAGAAGUGAUAACACUCAUGUCGUGUGGAUUCUUUUCUCUUUUUCCUGGACGACUUUCUAAGAAAGGAUUUGAGAGAGGGAAAAAAGUUGGAGCCUUUAACUUUGUAGAUUUACUCUCUCUUAUACCUUCUAAUAGAAGGGAGAGUCAGUUUGCCAAGGUGCGAUGUUUACUACAAUAUUUCAUUUAUUGUUCUCAUAAUAGAGAAAGUGUAAAGACAGGAUUAGAACUUUAUCGUGUUAGUUUCUCAUCAUCUUUUCCAAAUUUUCACUCUAGUACGGCAUUCAUGCAGCCUAUUACGAUGUAUGCAGAUGGAUUUAUUGAGGAAAGUUAUGGUCAUCUUCAAAUUGAUUUUGCAAAUAAAGUAGUAGGUGGUGGGGUUUUACGUACUGGAUGUGUUCAGGAGGAAAUACGAUUUAUUACUUAUCCAGAAUUAAUUCUCUCUCAACUUGUUUGUGAUUCCUUACGGGAUAAUGAAGUGUUAUUUAUGAGUGGAGCUGGACAGUAUAGUGUGACAGAGGGAUAUGCCAAUAGUUUUCGUUUUCUCCAUGGAAAUACACCAGAAUAUAUUACUAUAAGAAAUGAGAAAUCUUUACAAGGAUAUAAUCAGAAAAUGGUAGAGUUAGUGACUAGCAAUGUACAAAGAGAAGAAACCAAUGGUGAUCCCAUUUUAUUACGAAACUGUUGUGUAGUCGCUAUGGACGCGGUAAGUUACACUGGAGAUAUUAAUAAACAAUACACUUUACGAUAUAUCGUACGUGAGAUACGAAAGGCAUUUGUGGCCUUUAAAGGUAUACCCGAUAGUACACUCCUCUCUGUACAUUCAGGUCCUAUAGCAACAGGCAAUUGGGGUUGCGGUGCAUUCCAAGGGGAUUAUGAAUUAAAAGUAAUGAUUCAAUGGUGUGCCGCCUCUCAAGCAGGACGGUCACUUAUUUAUUUUACAUUUGGGAAUCAUGAUUUGUGUUGUAAGUUUCAACGUGUUUAUGAAAAACUGCAACGAGAAGCUUGGACGGUGGGUCAUGUGUUUGUUGUAUUAGUUAUGUUUGGUCAGUCCUGUGAGCAGAGAUCAUCAUUAUCAUUAUCAUCAUCAUCAGGUCUAUCUUCUUCACAGUUGAGUGGUAAAUUAUUUGAUUACAUUCUUUCUACACCAAGAUGGCGAUGUCUCUCGAUACGAUAG